AUGUCAUCCUCAGUCACUGCAGGUCUCCACUGCCUGUUUCUACUGGUCUUACCAUGCUGCCAGACAUCACAGGACUCAAACUUCAAUCCAUUCCAAUAUGUAAUUGACAGUCCAGUAGGAGAGGAAAGCUUCCAUUCAGAGAUGCAAAGGCAGAAGCGAAACAUGCUUAUUUUUAACCUUCUCACUAUGGACUAUGCCGUUGACAUUGAAGUAAGCCUUAUGGAUUCAUCUUAUCUGGAGCAAAUCAGACAGUAUUUCAAGAACUUUGAACUUCCAAUUUCAAUGAAUAUUUCGGAUGCAGAAAUAACAGUUUCAAAUAUUGACAUUACAACAGUCUGUUGGCCCAGUGAUGAGAAUAGUAGCUGUUGUUCCUGUGAAAAUGGCUAUGCCUGGCCAAGCACGGUGUGCAGUGACAUGAUCCCCUGCCCUUCUGACAGCACAAAACCUGACUGGACCUGUGGCUACACACAGGAAAUGCCUUUCUAUGGGCCUUACUGUGAGCCUCAGACUGAAGACUCAUGUGGUAUGGGAGAGCCCAUUGUAACGGAUAUAUCAGUCAGACUCGAUGUAGACUUUUCGGAUGAUCUCAAGGAUCCUUCCUCUCAUUUAUACAAAGAGUACAAAGCUGACCUUGAAAAAGCGUUCAACACCAGCUACAGAUGUUUACCAGGCUUUGUAUCAGCAACAGUAACUAGUUUCAGUCCUGGAAGUGUUUUUGUGAACUACCAAGUAAAAGCAGGAGCAGCAAGCUUCAAUCAGAUUGCAAAUUCCAACAAAGCUGUACAUCAAUUUUUAGAUUCAUCAUACCAUCUAAACCCUGCUACCUUCAGAACAGAAAUAACUGAUCAGGCAAACUUCACUGUGAGACCCUCAGACAUUUUUGAAGGAGAUACAGUAAGAUUGAUUUGUGAGAUAAAUUCAGCAUCUGACAAUGUGACCUGGUAUCACUCGACUGAAAGCAUCUCAAUCAGCUUCCGGUAUUCCAUAGAAGGAGACUUAAGCAUCGGAAGAUCGAUUCUUAAAAUUACCAAUGUUACAAAGGAGGAUUCUGGUCCCUAUAUGUGUAAUUUCACAAGAGAAGUUCCGUCGUACAGAGUGAUACACGUAGCCACGAAAACACUAAAUGUCUUUCCACUAAAUGUCACUGCAAACAGAAAGGACAUUGAUGUUCCAUGUAACAGUCCUGAAAUGCAGACAAACAGUCCUGUGCUGUCCUGCUGCAUUGAGAAACAGCUACCAUCACUUACUGUUGACUGGAAAGUAAAUGGAGAAAUCAAUAUUACAGGAGUCGCCAGUUUGAGUGAAAACUGCACUGAAUACAAGCUCAACAUCAAUGAAUCACUAUGUUCACCUGAGAAAUCAGGUGCAGUGACAACAUACACAUGUGAGAUCCAGACAGGACAAGGCGCCAGGGGUAGUGAAAGCAUCAGAGUGACUUACCUCUGGAAAGCCCAUGUGACAAUAUCUUCAAGCACAAACUCAAUAGUUUCCAAGGGAUAUGCAUUCAAUCUAACGUGCAGAAGUACUGUGAGCAAUUAUGACAGUAUCAGCUGGAAAAUCCAGUCUGGAAGCAGUACAAAAACAGUGGACUGUGAUAUGUGCAUCAAAAACAGAAAAUUUCCAGCCACAUCUGAGCUCUCAGUGAAAUCUGCCACACAGGACUGGAACGGCACCUACAUCUGCACAUUCUCCCAGAAAAACUUGGAGAGUUCUGCCAAUAUGUCAAUCGAGGUUAUUUCCUUGCCCCGGAAGCAGAACAUCAUGAUAGACCCCGUUAGAGCAUCGAUAACGUGCAACAAGCCACAAGCCCUUGAGUGCUGCAUAAGUGCAAAUACCACGGAAAAUUACACUGUUAGAUUUGUGGUUCCGCAAAGUAAUCUUCAAGCUGAGGAAAAGAAAAAUGGCAAUUUGCUUUGCUACGUGUCCAGUUACACAGAAGAAGAUUGUAGCAGUGACAAAGAGAUAACAACAUAUUGUAAGUUUACAAACCGCAUUGGACAGGGAGUCAACAGUGAAUAUAUAAGACUGCAAGUGAUACCUGCAAAUAAAGUUUCCUGCAAAGACCCAUCAGGCACUGGAAUAGAAGGGAGCACAUUAAUAAAGCCAUGCCGUCAGUCAGAUAAUCCAGAUGGUUUUACCCGAGGCAAUAUAACUUACAAGUGCACCAACGGCUCAUGGAAAACUGAAAAGAAUGAAUGUCUGUCUACAACAAUAAACAAUCUGCUGAAUAGUGCUGAGUCCUUGGUCAACAGCCCUGAUGCAAAAGCAAACCUACCUAACUACCUGGCAGACCUUAGCAAACAGACAAAAGAUGAGCUGAACAUAAUAAGCAGUUCUGCAGCAAACCUAGGCGCAAUUGUUAGCAUGCUGGAUAUAGUCUCCUCUAUCCCAGCAGAUGCAGAGGAGCCCAUUAUUCAGAAUUUCCUCUCCACAGUGGACUUAAUUGUUAAUGAUUCCACAACUCAAGCAUGGACAAGCCUAACUACAGAGAAGACACAAAAAAGUUCGCUGUUACUGCAGUCAGUAGAACAGUUUUCCCUGAACCUCCAACCAGUGAAUAACACCAUUCCUCCUGUUUUUGUAAACAGUGUUCAGCUACAUGGUAUAGUUAUCAAGGAAAAUAACAACUUAGAUUAUAAUAUGUCCUUCAACAGUUCAGACAGCCUCACAGUUAAUGUGCUCAUUGGUGAAAAUGAAAUUCAGACUUUAACCCAAAAUUCAACCAUUGUCAGUGUGAUGUACUCAAAACUUGGACGUAUUUUGCCCCAGAAUCAGUCUGAGCGUUUGAAUGGCUUAUUGAUAACAACAACUGUGAGCAGCAACAGAAGCCAGAAUUUUGCUGUUAAUAUGACAUUUUCAAAGCAAAACUCAUCUCUAAAGAUGCCCAAGUGUGUCUUUUGGAACUUCACACUCAACAAACCAGGUGGGGACUGGGAUACUCGUGGUUGCACACCUACAGAGGAAGAAGAUUAUGUCAUUUGCUCCUGCAAUCACUUGACAUCAUUCUCCAUUCUGAUGUCACCUGAUAAAUCCUCCCAGCUAGUGUUUGAAGAUUACAUUUCCUAUGUUGGCUUGGCCAUUUCAAUCUUGAGUUUGGUGGUCUGCAUUAUAAUUGAAUCCUUGGUCUGGAAAUACGUGACAAACAACACAACCUCCUAUAUGCGCCAUGUCUGUAUACUCAACAUAGCUACAUCGCUCCUGAUUGCUGACAUUUGGUUCAUUGUCACUGCCUCCAUCAAUGAUCAAAACCAACAGAUGAGCAGACAUGUCUGUAUUAUGGCCACGUUUUUCAUCCAUUUGUUCUACCUCUGUGUGUUUUUCUGGAUGCUCAGCCUGGGUCUCAUUCUUUUCUAUAGACUGGUCUUCAUCUUACAUAACACAAGUAAGACUGCUCAGAAAGCAGUGGCAUUCUUCCUGGGAUAUGUGUGUCCCUUUGUCAUUGCGGUCAUCACCAUCGCUGUCACACUACCAAAGAACAAUUACACCAGAAAGAAUAUCUGCUGGCUCAACUGGGAGGACAGCAAAGCUCUCUUGGCCUUCGUCAUACCUGCCUUGAUCAUUGUGGCCACGAAUUUGUUCAUCACCGCAGUUGUUAUAAUAAAAAUACUCAGGCCAACUAUUGGGGAUAGGUCAAGCAAGCAGGAGAGAAACUCUUUGUUUCAAAUUGGCAAAAGUGUGGCCAUUUUGACACCACUGUUAGGCCUCACUUGGGGAUUGGGCUUUGUCACCAUGAUCAAAAGUAGUCAUCAAGCUUUCCGCGUCCUCUUUGCUCUGCUCAAUGCUCUGCAGGGAUUGUUCAUUCUGGUGUUUGGGACUCUCUGGGACAAGAAGAUACAAGAGGCCUUGUUGAAGCGGAAUUUGACAUCCAAAUGGAGUUCGCAACAAUCAAAGUCAUCCUCCCUGAUCCUGGUGACACCAAUGCUUGCUAUGAGCUACCCAUUUUCAAGAACCUUUAACAACUUAUGUGGGAAAACAGGAAAAUACAGAGUAUCUUCUUCAGAGCCAUCCACUUCUUCCUCUGAAAACACUUCCAAGGCAUAUUCUUUGCUUAACUGA